UGCCCUUUGGUUGUACAUUACAAUACAGGAAGCACUGUGUGUCUACGUGCCUUUUACCUCGUAAACCCUCCCGCCCAGCCUCACAUUUGUUUCUCUGCUGCUGCGCAGCACUCAGAGACUCCAGGGGACUCUGAAGCAACAGGUGUUUUGAGUAUUUUGACAACAUGUCUGGAUUCAUUCAGAUGUUGAGGAAAAGGAAGGAGUUGAUCCCUCUGGUGGGAUUCAUGGCUUUUGCUGCAACAGGAGCCACAUCUGCUUCCCUCUACUUUCUGUUCACCAAGCCUGAUGUGAUUUUGAACAAGACUCUAAACCCAGAACCAUGGGAAAGACUGGACCCAUCAAAACCCCAAAAGCUCAUCACCAUCAAUCAGCAGUGGAAACCAGUGGAGGCGCUGGAAAUGGUAAAGUCCAUGACCAAAUAAAGAAAGCAGCUCAAGCAUCAUCUCCGAAGAUAUAGAGUCUUGACUACCUGCCAGCCCCCCUCAUCAGUCUAACAGAAUCCUUUCUGCACAAGCUAUGGCUCUUUGACACUCAGUGUGCGGAAAUGCUUCUGUUCAACUGGUGGGGGUUUCACCCUGCUGCGUAGCGGCUACGUAAAGACAUCAAUCCACAUCAACUGAAAUUUAAAAAAAAAAAGCCUGUGAGAUUAGGACGGGUGAUUUGUUUUUUGUUUUGUUGGUUUUUGGCUGUCCACAGCUUAAGAGCUGAAUCUUUAUCAGGUGUGGUUCAUCUCCCUGUCAGAUGUCUUAGAUAUGAAUGUUCAUUGCUGUCUGAAUAUAAAGACGCACACCCAGAGUACUGCACUGUAUGUUGUAAAUAAAUGAUGGCGAUCGUUCA